CGGUGUGGUGUGUUUUCAAAACAUCCGAUACUAAAUGAAUCAGAUAUAAACAUUUGAUUUGCUGGAGAAACAGGAUCCUGUCUGUGUAUGUGUUGCUGGAUUAGGAUGGCGAGCGAAAGACGACGUCGAUUAAGCGACUACUGUAGGUUUGCACUUCAUUUUUCCUUAGUGCUGAUUUUCGGGAACCAGACUUUGGCUGAACUGAGGUACUCUAUUCAAGAGGAGAUGAAAGAAGGAACCCUUGUUGGAAAUGUUGCCAAGGAUCUUGGUCUGGACAAAACCUCUUUAACUGAUCGACGGCUGCGUGUUGUGUCUGGAUCUAAGGACGCUUUUUUCGAGGUAAACCCAGACAAUGGUGCCUUGCAGAUCCGUAAAAAAAUCGACAGGGAGGAGCUGUGUCAGGGAAGUGGUGCAUGCUUGAUGGAGUUAAAAGUCCUUGUUGAAAACCCUCUGGAAAUACACUAUGUAGUUGUAGAAAUUACCGAUGUAAAUGAUCACUCCCCCAGUUUUUCUGAAAGAGAACAGCAAUUUCAAAUAUUUGAACAUGCAUCUCCGGGAACUCGAUAUGAACUGCAUGCGGCCCAUGAUCCCGAUGCUGGAAUUAACUCUAUCCGUACAUAUACAUUAACGUCAAACGAUCACUUUGAAAUAGAAACCAGUCAAAGCGAUGAGGACAAAAUACCAUUUUUAGUGCUGAAGAAGCCAUUAGACAGAGAAAAAAAUGAUAAACAUUUGAUAUUUGUGACAGCAGUUGAUGGAGGGAAGCCUCAAAGAUCAGGAACCCUCAAUGUUUCCAUUAUUAUUCUUGACAUAAAUGAUAAUCCUCCGAUAUUCAGUCAGGAUACAUAUCAAAUUGAAAUAUAUGAAAACGUCCCAGUUGGCAGUGCUGUUACGACAGUGAGUGCAAUAGAUCCAGACGAAGGGCCUAAUGGAGAAAUAGAGUACAGCCUUAGCAAAACAUUAGCACGUAAAGUUUACGAGAUAUUUGACUUGAAUAGUUUAAGUGGACAAAUUAAAUUGAAAGGAGUCCUGGACUUUGAGGAAUCAGAGAUUUAUAAACUCGAUGUUGAAGCAUCUGACAAAGGCACGCCUCCGUUAACAAGCAGGUGCAGAGUCACUGUAAAGAUUAAAGAUGUCAACGAUAAUCCGCCAGAAAUAGAAGUCACAUCACUGUCAAAUACAGUGUCUGAGGACUCAAAGCCUGGAACAGUUAUUUCACUUAUUAGUGUGACGGAUAGAGACUCAGGCUUAAACGGAAAAAUCAUUUCAAGCAUAACAAAUGAAGUAACUUUUGAAUUAAAGCCUUCCUACAAGGAAAACAUAUAUUCAGUUGUGACGAAGGGAUUUUUGGAUCGAGAGGAGGUGUCACAUUAUGAAAUAACAAUCAAAGCAACCGACAGUGGUGAACCUCCCUUAUCUACUCUUAAAACUCUGAACAUCCAGAUAUUAGAUGUGAAUGACAACAGUCCACAAUUCUCCCAAAACCCAUUACAGUUUUACCUGUCAGAAAACAAUGUGGCUGGAACUUCACUAUUUUGUGUAAGCGCAACUGACAAAGAUGUAAAUGAAAAUGCAGCUAUUUUUUACCACAUUGCUAGAGGAAAUUAUGUAACAUCUUUCCUCAACAUAAACUCUGAAACCGGAGACAUUUUGGCGCUAAAAAGUUUCGACUUUGAAACUCUGAAAACGUUCCAGUUCCAAGUUGUUGCCUCCGAUUCUGGAACUCCGUCACUGAGCAGCAACGUCACAGUGAACGUGUUCAUUCUGGAUCAGAACGACAACGCUCCAGUCAUCCUGUAUCCAGUCAGCUCUAACGGUUCUGCUGAAGGUGUGGAGGAGAUUCCCCGCAAUGUGAACGCAGGACACUUGGUGACUAAAGUCAGAGCCUAUGACGCUGAUAUAGGAUAUAACGGCUGGUUACUCUUUUCACUGCAGCAAGUCACUGACCACAGUCUCUUUGGUUUGGACCGCUAUACAGGACAGAUCAGAACACUUCGCUCCUUCACAGAGACAGACGAGGCUGAGCACAAACUGCUCAUACUGGUCAAAGACAAUGGGAACGUGUCGCUCUCAGCAACAGCUACUGUGGUGGUCAAACUUGUGGAGCCCAAAGAGGCUUUUGCAGCUUCUGAUGUUAAAAGUUCAGCCAAAGAUGAGGAGGGGACCGAUGUGACUUUUUAUCUGAUGAUAACUUUGGGCUCAGUUUCUGUACUUUUUCUCAUCAGUAUCAUCGUGCUGAUUGCAAUGCAGUGCUCUAAAACCACAGACUAUACUUCUAAAUAUCUGCAAGAGGCUAAUUAUGACGGGACACUGUGCCACAGCAUCCAGUACAGAUCUGGAGAGAAACGGUACAUGUUAGUUGGACCCAGAAUGAGUAUAGGAUCUACUAUAGUCCCGGGCAGUCACGCGAAUACACUAGUGCUCCCUGACAGGAGGAGGGGAUCUGGAGAGGUAAGGCAUUUAAAACAAAGUUUUAUAAAACAUGGUUACAAGCAUACAGUCAAUGAGCAAAGAAACACUUGA